UAAAGCGGAGGCUCUCUUUCUCUCUCUAUUUCAAUUUCCACUCUUCUUUUCGCCUCCUCAAACCCUGUCUGUUUUUUUUUUCUCCCAGAGAAAGAGACAGCUCGGGCCAGGACAGGUCGUGUAAGGACAUGGGUGACCAAGGGGAUUGGAUAAGCACCCAACCCUAUUUUUAUUUUCAAGAUGGAAAUUCCACACUGCCCUCGUCAAGCCAAUUGACACCGUCACUUCAGACGAAUUCAAAUACAUAUGUACAAACCUACGCCACGAUACGCACAGUGCUUUGUACUCUGGGAAUAUUUCCAAACUGUUUCGUCCUCUUGUUAAUUUUCAAGGAGAGACAUAUUCGAAUGCUGCAAUAUUUAAAUGCAAACCUGGCCAUUGUUUGCAUUCUGGCCGGAAUUUUAGGAGCAACUCAUGGUUCUGGAUAUGUGAUUGGACAAUAUAUGUGCCCUGGAUUGUCGUAUUUACGAAAUGUAUCCAUCAACACUAUUGCGCUCAAUGUACUUUGCAUAAGCCAUGAACGUUGCCGAAGGUUGAAGGCAAGCUGCCCCGGUGUUCCUUCAUUGUUCCAAACGAUAACCUUCAUUUGGGGUGUUGGAAUGGCGGUCGCCAUCCCCACAUAUUUUACAACAACGUUUGUUUCUCAUACACAUCAAGAUGGUGAAGUUCAUUCUACCUGUUGCAGAGGACCAAUGAUGGGGAACUAUGUGCUUGGGAUUGUGUACGAAUUUCUGCGAUGUAGCUUACUACAUAUUGCUCUCUCAAUAUAUCUCCUGUUUGAGCUCUAUAAAAUUCGAUCCAAAUUGAAGCACCUGCGACGAUCCUCGAAGAGCAAUCUCUCUACAGGACUGAACAAAGGGAGCAGAUCAAAAACUCCGAGCUACAGUACCAUUUUCCUUUUCAUCAACUCUUUUGUUUUCAUAUUCGUGUGGCUUCCAUAUGGGGUAGUCCAUUCGUUUUACAAAAAUGUGGAAGACAAAAGUAAAACCCAGCAUUUUAGCAGUAACUCAUCGUCAUUUUCUAUUGCUACCACUACCACCACAACCACAACCUCUUCGUUAUUAGAGGAGCCGGAAAAGAAGGCGUACUUUGAAGAGAAGCUUUUGUAUCCACCGAUUUACUAUGUGAGUAUAUCCGCGUUGUACUUGUACGUUAUGAUCAUGCCAAUGGUUACAUUUUGCGUCCAUCGUGACCUAAUGACUUCCGUUCGUGGGCUGACCGCCCGUCUGCCAGCGUCCAAUAAUGGACUCCAUUCGUGCGAGGUCAAAGAGUUGACGGGGCGAGAAGAACCCACGAUUGCGAAAUCUAGCACAUUCCAACCCUCUUCAAUGCACAAUGGUGAGAAUGAUUAAUCCGAAUUAUGUGGGUGGGUCUGAAGAAAAUGUUAAGCAUAUAAAUACCUUAAUAGGAAGCAUACUUGAAUGAACAAAUGGCUUAAAUAUAUUUAUAAAUAUAAGAUUUGUAUUUAUUUAUAAAUUAAUAAACAUGCAUUACAUAUUGUGAACCUGAGAAUUUAAAUGUGUACAUUCGUCGACAAAUACUUAAGAAGCUUAAAUCAUGCUUCUCGAGAUUUUUUAUAAGAGAAAAAGAGUGAUCCUUUUUUCCUACCUCGUAAUUCUGACUUUCCCUGCAAUUGCAAUGACAACAAACAAUAAAUUUUCAUAAAUGUGAAUAAUCCGUACCGUUAUCGAUAUCUUUGCAGGGUUAGAAAUACUAUAUAUAAAAAUAAGUAUAUUAUGAUAUUCUGUUUCUAUAAAUAUUAUUAUAAAUUUCUAUUUUGGACCAAGAUUUUCCAGUAUUUGUACUAAAAUAUAAUUGUGCGUGGGCAUCCCGGUGACAGUUCUUGUUUCCACUUGUUCAAAGAAGUGCUAUAUUAUACUGAAUUUUACUCUACGACUACGACACAUUUCAAUGAUGGCAUAGACAGCCCUACAAAGAUAUGCAUACAUAUGUGAACUAAAUAAAAGUACGAUGAAAAGAAAUAAAGAUGUGAAAGGAUUGCAGCUCAUAAGUCUCCAUAACAAGUGGAUCAUAAUUUCCUAGAUGGGCU